AUGCAGGUGGGACACCAGUGGGACCCGAUGCUCUUCGUGAACGAGCAGCCGACGCCCUCGUGCCUGGCGAGGGUCAAACGGGACAUCGCGGACUUCAAGGCCGAUCCCAUGCCGGGCAUCUACAUCUCGCCCGAGGAGAGCGACCUCACCAGGGUUCACGCCCUCAUCGUGGGGCCCGAAGGAACCCCAUACGAAGGCGGCUUCUUCCACUUCUUCCUGAAGUUCCCCGCCAACUACCCUGUCAACUCACCCCGGGUGCGAAUCAUGACCACGGACGCCGGCAGGGUGCGCUUCAAUCCGAACCUCUACGCCAACGGAAAGGUGUGCCUCAGCAUACUCGGCACAUGGCAGGGCCCACCCUGGAGUCCCGUUCAUUGCAUCGGCAGCGUCCUGGUCUCGAUACAAUCGCUGCUCAACGAGAAUCCCUGGUACAACGAGCCGGGAACGCAACCCGGUACGAUGACGGAGUCGGCCAGGAGGUACAAGGACCGAGUGCAGCACGACACCGUCCGAGUGGCCAUCUGCGACGCGGUGGAAGGUUGCCUCCGGGACGAGCCUCCAAUGCCCCGCGACCUGGCCGAGGCCGUGCUGAAGACGUUCGCGGAGUCGUACGACAAGUACGACCAGCUGCUCCGCUCCCUCAUUGAGCAGACCAAGCAAAAGCCAGGCACGUCGUGGACCGAGUACCUCGAACAUCUAGUGCAACCUAAAUCACGUCCGAUCCAGUACGAAACACUGCUCGCACGGCUUCAAAACUUGUACAAGCGGGUGAAGGAGAGGGCUGAGGCCGGUGCUCAGGUCUAA